AAAGCUAGGUAUGUCAGAAUGAAGUUGAUUUUGUUCACGCUAAUUACUGUAGGAGUGCAGUUGAGCUAUGGGCUCCCAUUGGAGAAGGGUUGCCAGUGGGUACUUAGUAUAUUCAGGAGGAAUUGCGAUUAUGUGUUCGGACCAGAACCGUACAUGAUUCGUACUUCCUGUGAUUCGGUAGUACCGAUGGCUCAAGGAGAAACCAAACGCAUCUGCUGUAACGGAGACUGUAUUUGCUGUUUUUCAAAACACUAUUAUUAUAACGACUAUGCAUCGAACGAAUUGCAGUCGGGAAUCGAGGAAUAUCCAGAAUCGGAGACGUUUUCUGAUGAAUCUUCCACUACCGAAUUGCAACCGGAAAUCGAGGAUUUUCUACCGAUACCGAAACCGAUGCCGGAUUAUGAUGACUCUUUCUCUUCCGCUUGGCAACCGCAAUUCGAAGAUAAACACCAACUGAUAAAAUCCCAGGAAUCGAUGCCGUUCUUUGGUGAAUCUUCCACUAACGAGCAGCCGCAGCCGGAAUUCGAAGAUUUACAAUCGAUAGAAAUCCUGUAUUCGGUGCUGAUUGUUGAUGAACCUCCCACCUCGGAGAAUCUUCAUUCAACAUCCAGUAUUCGUUUUCCCUACUUACUGCCAUUUAGUCCAAAAAUUAUUCUGACCGGAAUACCGUACUCAGAACCAGCAACCGAUGAAUAAAUUUACCGGGAAAGCACGCAAGGAUGAUUUACUAACAUGGAACGAAAUAUAACAUUGAAUCAAUAACCCCUCCCUGUAUUGUUAUUAAUAAAAAUUCUCAGAUUUUAUUCAUCCCAUCAUUUGAA